CUGUGUUUUGAAGCACAUAGGGGAUCCUCCGCGUUCUUCAUUCUCUGAAAAUCAAGCGCCAAAUCCAUCCAAAUCAUAGCGCUAAAUCUCAAAUACCAAAACCGUCCACUCUUUCCACAACUCCCAUUUACGAUUUCUUUCUACAAUUCCCAAGCGAAAAGAAUAACUCAUUCUCUGGUGACCAAAGAUAAUUCGAAAUUAAAACCAACAGCUGAAGGUUAAUUCUCUAACAUCGGAAAUUUCUAAUUCGAUUAUAAGCAGUUAUGACUUCUAAACGACGGGGGCAGUGUAGCAAAAGUGUUCGUUUGCAAGACGAACCAGAUGUUUCACAACAAAGGUUGAAAACCAGUGAAGGUUUCACUACUAAGACAUCAAUAGGCAGAAGAGUUUAUAGUAGAAAUCUACAUCAAAAAACUUUGGACAUGGUCACACCUUCGCACCACAGCCAUGAAAGUGUGCCACCAUUGGAGAAUGAGAGCUUGAGUGUUGACGUCGAACAACAAGAAGAUGAAGGUAUUGCAUCUAGUGCUGAAAUUGUUGAAAAGCAAAGUAGAGGCCCUACGUAUAUGAAAAAUAUUUGGGGUCGCCCUCUAAACUUGCCCCCCAUUCAUGUUGAAUAUAAUGAGUUCGGUCAAGCUAUAGGUGGUGAGGAUAGCACGCUCUGCCAUUUCCUAGGUUCGAUAGCAAGAAGCGGUAAUUAUUGUCCUAUAGAUAUUAAAAGUUGGCAUGCCAUUCCAAAGGAGAGAAAAACUGAGAUGAUUGACAUUGUAAAGUUACGAUUCCAUGUCCCUAUCAUUGCUGAGAAAUGGAUUCUGGAAUCUAUCGGGCUUAAAUGGAGAAACUGGAAGCAUUACUUGAAAACGAGAUACUGGGCUGACGUACCUAUCGAGCAUUUAAUAGAUGAUAGGGACGAAAGAGUUUUGGAAGUUCAAUGGAUCAAUCUCCUUGCCUAUUGGAGAACGGAACAUGCAAAGAAUGCAAGCAAAAGAAACAAAAAAGCGCGAGAGAAAAAGUUAAUGAAUCAAAGAACAGGAAAGAAGUCGUUUGCUCAAGUUAAAGCAAAAAUGACCAAAGAACUUGGACAAUGCCCAUCUCGUGUUCAACUAUUCAAAACUUGUUUUGUUUCUUCAAAUGGAAGCACAAGUGAUGCUGUCUCUAGCAAAAUUUCAGCAAUGGAAGAUUGUAAUGAUCAAUCUCUUGAAGGUUCGGACGAUGCAAUUGGUCCAGAUGAUAUCUUUGCCCAAAUUAUGGGGAAGGAUAGACCCGGCCAUGUUAGGAUGAUGGGUAGGGGAGUGCGUCCUUCAGAUUUAUGGAACGAAACUUCUAAAAGCACAUCAAACCGUUUGCUAGUGGAGUAUCGAGAAAAGAUUGAACGGCUAGAGGCAAGGCUUGCAACACAAGAAAGAGUUUGUGGUUCACAAGCAGACACUAUGCCAAAUGUGAUAGUCUCUAAGCCUUCCUCAGUAAAUGCUACAACAGCUCAUAUUGAUCAGGUUGGUACAUACGUGUCUCUGAGAAGCAUUUUCACAAAAAAAAUUGUUGCCAAAGGAUGUAUUCAUAGCAUAGAUCCAAGUACAAAAAUGUUAGGAUUGAAUUGGUGUGAAAUAAAUGUUAAAGUUGUGGUUGAACCUAAGGAGCAAUUGAUCAGACCCUACGACAACUUGCAAGAGCUUUCCCAGACAGUUGGUCGUAUGAUUGCUUGGCCAUGUUUUUUGGUGGAACCCAUUAUGUGACAACCAUUGAAUAUUGAUACAUUCUCUUCUUGGACCACAGGUGGUGUCGCAGAGAACGUUUGCCCUUUCGACAGAUUUAAGAGGCUAACAUAUCUGAAGAAACAAGCAAUGCACUUCUGGAUAGAUAGGAUUUUACUAAUUCUAGUAUCUUUUGUGUAUUUUACGUAGAUUAUGAACAACACUUUUAAUAUUGUUUAGUAUGUAGAUUGAAAAUGCAUUACAUUUUGGCAUUAGAUACUUUGACCUUAUGUUAUUUAAAUAUGGCGUUUUAUUGGAAUUUGUUGUUUAUGAAA